AUGGUGUACAGCAGCUCGACAGCUCCUCCAGAACAGUUUUCUGUCUCGCUUACGGCCCUCAGCAGGGCUGCGGCCUCCCGCAAGAAGAACGCCGGCCUCGAGGCCGUGCGGCCGCGGCUGCUCCUGCUCGCCCACCAUUCCUGGGAAGCUCCGGGUGACUCGGCCCUGCUCCCCGGGCACCAGCUGCACCCCGGCUCUGGCAGCCGGACGCGCAGCGCUGCCGGCCGCAGGCUGCCCGCUCUCUCCGUCCGAGCCCGCCAGCUCCUCCCGGGCCAGGGCGCGGCUGCCCGAGCCCCCGAGCAGCUGCGGGAGGCCGCCCGCUGCCUGCUGCUGGACGCGGACGGGAGGAGCGUGCCCUUCCCGGCGCUGUACGCGGAGCAGAAAGCCAUCGUGCUGUUCGUGCGGAAUUUUUUGUGUUAUACCUGUAAGGAGUACGUAGAAGACCUGGCAAAAGUCCCCAAGGCAUUUUUACAAGAAUCAAAUGUGAGGCUUAUAGUUAUUGGGCAGUCGUCAUAUCAUCACAUCAAGCCCUUUUGCAGUUUAACUGGGUAUACACAUGAAAUGUAUGUAGAUCCACAAAGGGAACUUUAUAAAGUACUUGGCAUGAAAAGAGGUGAAGGAAAUAAAGUAUCAGUUCAGAGCCCUCAUGUGAAAUCAAACACACUACUUGGAAGCAUUAGGAGUAUAUGGAGAGCAAUGACUGGCCCAGCUUUUGAUUUUCAAGGAGACCCUGCUCAGCAGGGAGGAGCUUUGAUUAUAGGCCCAGGCAAUGAAGUUCAUUUUUUGCACCUUGAUAAAAACAGGCUGGAUCAUGUUCCCAUUAAUACAGUUUUGCAGCUGGCAGGAGUUAAAACAGUGAAUUUCUCAAACAAACCCCAGAUUAUUGACAUAUGACACUGAUGUAAUAUAUACUUUUCUAAAAAAUUUGUGCUCUACAAGAACAGUUCUGCAGUGAAUUCCAACAAGCAUUGGUUCUGUUGUGUCUUUGUGGGACAUCUGAAACCUUAUGGAGAAAAUCAGAGCAUAGAAACUACCUGACACUAGAGAUGGAUACAAAAGUGUUAUUUCCAUUGAGUACAAGGUAAUAAAAACUAAAACAAAACUGAGACUGAUUGAAAAAAAAUCCUGGAGCUUAUUAUUUUCUCAUCAAACAAUUUUGCUAAUAUAUUUUAAAAAUCAUUGUUCAAGGCACACUAAAGUAAGGAACCAGAUUUUGCUCAGGAAAACUUGGCUUCUUGCCUUCAGCAGAUCAAUGCCGGCUUUCAAUCCAAGACUUCUCAGCGCUGUUUGAAAGCUUCCAGCAGUAUAAAAAUUUUGUAUUGAAAUACACCUUGAAAAGUCACAAUUUUGAACACCUGGACUUAAGCUUAUGCCUACUCUUGUAUCUGGCACUGGCAGAAGUUAUGAAAUAUAUUU